AUGUCCGAUAUUAACACAACUCUCCUCAACUCAAUUCAAAAGAUUGAGGUUGAUCUUGCUGAAAUCAAGCAAGCAUUGCGUGAGCUUCAAAGGCAAUUCAGCAAUCAAUUUGUGCCAGCAGUCAGUGCGGAAGAUCUAACUACAAUGCAACAAAGCAUUAUUGAGCAGAGUUCUCUUGAGCGCAUUGCCAAGUCUGUGAAAAGAGCCCAGCUCACAGAGUACCCUGAUCAGCUUGGUAAGCAAGUAAUCAAUACUGGUGGCGAGUUCAAAGGAAAAAACGAAGCGCAAAAAUACAAUCUGUUGCUUCAGAUUCUUCACGAGCAGGACUGGAAGGCGCGCUGCAAAGAAGUUCCACAAGGGCAGCUUUUGCCCCCAUUAGUCCCUCUUUCAGACCAUGAUUUGACAGUAAAAAGACUGCAUCUCAAAACAUUAGGCCGUACGGUAAAGCAUGAUAUCAUUGACAAAGACUAUCCUGCGGCCUCAAAAGAAUGGAAGAAUAUCCCAGAGAAAAACAGGGAAUACUACAUGAUGCAUUUGGAGAGGUUGGCGAAGAAUGGUGGAUUGCACAUCCACCAAUACAUAAGUGAUUCUUUGCUUUCUUCUCCUGAUAUGUCAGAAACUGGUGAUGUUGAGUCGCCCAUAAUGGCAGAUGUGCUGUCUCCUCCACCCACAGCAAGUGUUGAGCCUGCUCGCAAGAGAAGCCGAAGAUCAGUAAAUGCUUAUUUUACUGAACAAAAAUUGAAAAAAAUGUACAAGUAUAUUAAGUCUCGAUCUGGUAUUUCAUUUCUGGCACCUGUAACUAAGUCGCAGAAUCAAUACCACUGGGGAUUGUUAAGUUUUUAA